AUGUCUUACCAUGAAGCAGCGCUCUGUAAAGUUUGCUACGACGAUGUGGGUUGCUUUAGUCGAGUCUUUUUUACCUGCCAUCAUCGACACCCGGACUCGCCGGCCAAGAUCGGCACGACGUUCACUCUCUUCACCCGCUCGACCGCCGGCGACGUCGGAGUUGGAGAGUCGAUGGACAGGAAAAUUCCGUCAACGAUUACAGCGUCGAAGUUCGAUGCGAGGAGGGGUACGAAGAUUCUGAUACACGGCUGGAAGGGAAGUAUGGAGGGAUACAGGUGGACUGGUAUGAGGGACGCUCUGCUUUUGAGGGAAGACGUCAACGUGAUCAUGGUCGACUGGUCUUUGGGUGCUCGAAGACAAUACCCGACGUCGAGAGCCAACUCUCGCGUGGUCGGUCGCCAGGUCGCCAGGUUAAUCGAAGCCCUCAAUGUACACGGCGGGGCUCUUUAUAUCGACGUCCAUAUCAUUGGGCACAGCUUGGGCGCCCACAUUGGGGGCUACGCAGGGUCAUCCACCCAUGAAAUGAUCGGAAGAAUAUCAGGUUUGGACCCUGCAGGCCCAGGGUUUGGCGGGAAACGGGUGAGGAACUUCUGUCGUCUAGACAAAUCCGAUGCAACUUUUGUUGACGUCAUACACACUGACGGUGAACUGAUCGCAAUGGGAGGGCUUGGGCUCAUGGAUGAGCUUGGCCACCAAGAUUUCUACCCCAACGGAGGGACGGACAUGCCCAAUUGCUACUUCAGCAUCAUCUGCGACCAUAUGAAAGCCAUUGCAUACUACACCGAGAGCAUCUCCAAAAGUACCCCAUGCCGCUUCAGGCCCACCACUUGGGCACCUAAAUGGGACAACUACAAGAAGGGAAUACAAACCCGGGACUGUCGGAACAUGGCUUGUCCCGAUAUGGGUUACACUGCAAGUCCCAUUCAUGACGAAGGCGUGUUUUAUCUCAAAACAAAUAAAUAUUAUCCCUUCUGUCAAGGGUGAUAGGCGAUUUCAGGAAAAUUACCACAAAAUGGAAGUACGAAAGAAACAAACAUCAAAACUCUUAUGUACACUUUGUUUAAACGUUGUGAUGAAGAUCUGGGCCCUGUAUUAUAACGAGUUGAUAUCAAUCGCAAAUUAUUUGCGAUUGAUAUCAAUCGCAGCUAUGUACACAAGAGAUAGGAGAUUGCAAACUUGCGAUUGAUCGGAGGAC